GACGCCAGUUCCAUGUGUACUUCUGGCAAGCUUUGACGGGGUUUGCGCCGAGGCCACAUAAGACAGCAUAAGACAGCUUCACGCCAGUUCGGGCCAGACCACUUCCGCAACGGUGCCUACCGGAACCACCUCAAUAGUUAGAACAAGUUAGGCAUUUUAGUACUAUUGUAAGAGGCUAUGGCAAGGUCGCAAACCGUUAUGUCUGCUCCAGUGUCUGCUCCCCUCGCGCUCGUCGCUGUCCUACUUCUUUUACUGCUUGGAGGAAAGUAGAUACUGAUUUGCGAUUGGAGUUGCCGCAUUGAUAGCCGGGGGUGACAAUUUAGGCGCACUUUACCCAGCGGCCGGCUUCGGCCUACACAGGCCCACAGUUCCUCACACACAGCCAUGCGGUACCUGUUCCUUGCAGGGCAAGCUGAGGGAAUACCCUUCCAAGCAGUCCGGCGGCGACGCAGCCAGGAAGUGGAGGAACUGCUUGCACGCUACUAUGACACAGGGGGCUUCAUGCCGCCGCCGCAUGUGCUCAUGCAGCAACAGCAGCCGCAGCAACAGGCGGGUCAGCAGCAGUCAGAGGCACAGCCACUAGGAGAACCAGUUACCCGGGACGGCGAGGUGUCGGCCCCAUCACCCUCCGUCUCUACGCGCAACGGCCAGGUUCUUCCUGGCGAUGAUUCAUUCCGGUGGCGGGCGGAAACAGCAGGCGGCGCCCUUGCAGUUUGGGCAUACGAUGAGGUGUCGGAGGACGCGGUGUCGCAGGCGGUUCUGCUGACGGACCAAGCCACUGCCAACACUCCGCCGGCGGUGCUGGACCGCGUACGGGCUCACGGCACGCGCAUCGUCAUCAUCGGCCGGCAGCAGCGCCUCACCGACAUGCCGCCCUUCCGCUGGCUGCUGACGUACCAGGGCUCGGGUGGCCAGGGCACCAACGGGGACGGCCGGCAGUGGGUGGACAUCCGCGGCGCGGGCGCGGUGGCGGGCAAUCCGGCCAUGGCAGUGGGCGAGGAGGACUUGUUGGAGACCUACGACGAGGUAAACACAGGGGACGGCUGGGGCAAUGAGAGUGUGUUCAUGCACGAGCUGGCGCACACCCUCAUUGACGCCUGCCAGCUGCAGCGGGUGCAGCAGCGCUACGCCGCCGCCCGUGACUCCGGCGCCUACACACCCAGUUCUUACAUAAUGACCAACCAGCAUGAGUAUUACGCCAUGGCGGCGGCCGUGUCCUUCGACUCCACCCUCAACAGCCCGGCCGCCGACAACCUGCUGCGCAAAGGCGAGCUGGUGGCCCGAGACCCCGGCACCGCGGAGCUCAUAGACUGGGGCUUUGGCGGCAACCCGUGGCGCUACCCGGAUGACUGCCUCACCUGCUUCUACAGCUGGCCAUGGUUCUUCUACGAGCUCUACCCGCCCGCGCCUGGCCGCGUGCCGUACACGCCGCUGGCCGCCUGCCCCACGCUCCGCCCUGGCAUCAGCUGCGGCGACCGCAACACCACGCACUGCCCCUUCUGGGCCAGCCAGGGCUUGUGCACCAACCCCGACGACCAGCAGUACAUGUCUGUAAACUGCAUGGCAAGCUGCGGCGCGUGCCCGUACCUGGCGGCAGGGCAGCCUCCGCCGCCCAGCCCGCCGUCACCGCCCUUGCCGCCGCCGCGCGGCGUGUGCCGGGACGAGUACCCGGGCGACUGCCCCUCGUGGUCCUCCCUUGCUGGCGAGUGCGCCAAGCCCUUCAUGCUGCAAUACUGCCGAGUCAGCUGCCGCUACUGCAGCGCCAGUGACACAAGCAUAAGCCCGCCCCCGCCUCGGCGCUACCCUCCCCGGCCGCCGCGGCCGCCGCCGUCCCCGCCGCUGCCGCCCUCGCCACCGCCGCCCGCACCCCGGCCCUCCGGCAUCGCCUGCAGGGACCGCAACACCACAUACUGCCCCGAGUGGAUUGCGGCGGGCUACUGCCGGUCCCCAGAGUACGCCCCGUCCCUAGCCUCGCAGUGCAGGUUGGGCUGCGGCUUCUGCAGAGUGGGCUGCCAGGAGACGGAGAUCCGGUGCGCCGGCUGGGCGGCGGCAGGAGAAUGUGCUAACACGCCUGGGUACAUGGAGGCGAACUGCGCUAGGAGCUGUGGGCUGUGCGAUGGCCCUGAGCAGGGCGGAUGUGGCGACGACAAUGUGUCCUGUCCCUACUGGGCCCAAAUCGGCGAGUGCAACAAGGACGCGGGGUACAUGCUCGCAAGCUGCCGGGCAUCCUGUGGCGUGUGCGACAAGCAGCCCGGGAUCAAUAUACCGCCUCCGUGGAGGCCACCCCCUUCGCCGCGACCCCUUCCGUCUCUCCGCUCGCCACCGCGCCCGAAGCCAUCGCCGCCUCGAUGGGUCCGCACCAAACCCUCCCCGAAACCCAUGCGGAAGCCCAAGGCUCCGAAGAAGACCGGAUGACUAUGCUGUCAUGUGCGUAUGAAUGUAAGGCAAAUGUAAACGUGCUAUAAUUGGAAGGAAUUCAUGGGCAUGGCGAGCGAUAAUAGAGAGCGUACAGUGUGUUGGGCAUUUUCCGUCAAGGGCGCCCCUGUUUCCUGUGAGUAUUGCUUUGGGGGCUGUCAUGUGACUGCGCAAGCGAGCGAAUCGCAUUGAUUACAAUUGUCAACACCCUGUUGAUUAGAGACGAGUGCUGCCGGUGCUUACGUAGGCGGCCUGUGAAGGAACUGGCACAGGUAGAGCGAGGCGUGGGGAGAGCCGUGGGUGCAAGGGUGACGGGAAACUAGUGACCAGCGUUACAGCCUGUGUAUAUGAGACUUUCACGAUGUUUAGAAUGUGUCCCGGGCAUGUGGCACUUAAAAUAAUGCUUGUCGAGACGUGAACCAUCCGCCCUGGACUUCCACUUCGGACCUCGU